GGUCCGGCGGGUCCCCUGGCGGGGCGGGGCGGGGGCGAGGGGUGCCGGGUGGUUUCCGCCCUGCAGCCCGCAGCCCGCCGCGCCACGGGCCGCGUCCCUCGGCUGUGGGAGGGGGCGGCCUCCACUCGGUUCCCUGCCCCGUCAGCCUCCCGCUCGGGGCGCGCAGCCUUUCGUCUGGGUCUCCGCCCCCAAGACCCGCGGCCGCAAGCCCCGGAGCGCGGCUUCCCCGGCCGGCUGCGCGAUGGGCUGCGGGAACUCCACCGCCACAAGCGCGGGCGCGGGCAGAGGCCCUGCAGGAGCAGCCAAAGAUGUAACAGAAGAAUCCAUAACAGAAGAUGACAAGAGGAGAAACUAUGGAGGAGUAUAUGUUGGCCUACCAUCUGAAGCUGUCAAUAUGGUGUCCAGUCAAACAAAGACGGUUCGGAAAAAUUAGAAGAAAAUAACAUCAUGACUCAAGAAUCAAGAGCAUGCUCAUCAAUUUGGAAGGAAUUUGGCUCCGUGGGACAUUGUAAUGUGCACAGACAUUUCCAAGGAAAUUCUAAACAGUCACCCUUCCCUCUUGCAUUCCCCCAAAUCUUAAGUGUAUACAUAAAACCCUGGGUACAUAUUGUUGUGGUAAUAGAAGGGAAUUGGUUAAACAGUACACUUUAUGGAACUUUCUGUGGCCAUCUAUGAAAGACAAGUUAACAAACUGUCAUGGAGGCUGCUGUUGCCUAGCCAGGGCUGCUGCAUUUUGACGUUUCCACCGUGGCCACUCAACACAUUUCAUGGAGGUCAUGUCUUUUCACUGAUACUUUUUGAUAGUUUUUAUAUAACAAAAUCCUUAUUCUAUUUAUAACUUAAGAUGAUAAGGCACUAUAAAUGAAUGACCUAAAAUAAUAUAUUGUCUGUUAUCUUUCGCUAUUUCUACUUCACUUUAAUUUUUAGCUGUAAAAUUGGCAAAUGGAUUCUUACAACUAUCUCUUUCUGUUUUUUACUAUCUGGUUUUCAAAUUUCAUUUAAAUGUCAGAAUUUCCUUUUUAGGAACAAUGUGUAUUUCAUUGCAAUAUUUAAAAAUAAACUCAAAUUUGCAUGCCAUAUGCAGAUUUUGAUUACAUUUUUAUUUUCUUUCAUGAAGGGCAUGUGCAACUACAAAUACUUCAUGGCCGUUGCGUUGCUCAUUCUAUGUCACGUCGUCUCUUCAUUAUUAGUUCUUUAGCUGUUUUGAAGGACUUGGUGAUGGACGGUUAGUGGGAUAUCUGGAAAUUAAUUUGAUAAUGAUUUGUGUAUCUACGUAGUACUACAAUGUAAAUUACUCAAUUUCUCAAUGUAUUUCAACAAUUAAAACAUUUUUAUCCCUCUUCACU